AGAUCCACUGUAGCUCGCAGUCCACUUCAGUGCUUCAAAAGAUUCAUAGCCAAAAGAGCUCAAAAUGGAACGUUGGCGUGGAAAAGUCGCGAUCGUAACGGGAGCAAGUUCGGGUAUAGGUGCUGCGCUUGUAAAGGAUCUAGUGCAUUACGGCGUUCAAGUAGUGGCUCUAGCACGGCGAGACGACCGGCUCAAGGAGAUACGUGACAGUCUGCCGGCCGGCCAAAAGGCCUUAGUGCAUCCGAUAAAGUGUGAUAUUACCCAAGAAGAGGACAUAAAGAGUGCAUUUGCAUGGGUCGAGAAGAAUUUGGGUGGUGUGGACAUACUAGUGAACAAUGCUGGCGUCCUACGAAUGACCGCUGCUCUGAAGCCGGAUAACUCUCAGGAUAUAAAAGACACUAUAAAUACGAAUGUGAUAGGAUUGGCCUUCUGCACUCGGGAAGCAUAUCAUUCUAUGAAGCGUCGUAAUGUUAGUGGUCAUAUAUUUUUGGUGAACAGUCUGGCAGGACAUCGUGUUCCUGAUUUUGGCCCCUCUAUGUCAUCAAGUGUGUAUGCCGCUUCUAAAUAUGCUGUAACCGCAUUGACGGAAAUAUACCGCCAAGAGUUGGCUAAUGCUGGAACAAAAAUCAAAGUGACUAGCAUAAGCCCAGGACCAGUUGAUACCGAGAUAUUUCCAGGCGCUAUAAACAUGAUAAAAGACAAAGUAAAAAUAUUGGACCCCGAGGAUAUCUCUGAGUCAAUAAUCUAUGCAUUAUCUACAAAACCGCAUGUUCAGGUGCAAGAUAUCAUUUUGAGGCCCUUGGCGGUUGAUAUGCCAUCACUAGUUAAACAGUUAACAACGGAAAAAAAGUAAUCAUAAAUUAUUGGAAGUAAUUCAAUAUGUUUAGGUGUUAAAUGAUUUUUUUAAAAUAUAAAAUAUAGAUAUACAAGUCGAUUGUA